UUACCGCAGAGCAUCAUGGGAGUUGAAGUCAACAUGGAUUCAGCACUUCCUGCUUUCAGAAGGAAAAACCAGAAAUUUGGGUUGUGGACUGAAAAGUUAUUCUCCUGCCACAUUGUUUCACCUCGAAGACACCAAAGAGAACACAGAGGCACAAUGUCUUUGAUGGAGCGUGGGAGCGUCCGGCCAAUCACAGCGGUGGCGUGGACCUCCAACACCAGCACCUGCCCCAAAGACUUCACCCUGAUCAGCAUCACAGAAGACGGGGCCGCAGCAAACUUUACUCGCAGCUUUGGAAUGAGGUCUGGAUAUUACCUCUGUUACUGCAAGGACCUGUCAGGUGGUAUGGUGCUGUCAGACAUUCAACUUAUAACAGAGAGGGACUCGAUUCCUCAUGGUUACUGUUAUAUAGCAGAGUACCUCGAACCAAAGGCCUCUGUUUCCAAGAAGAAACGUGUGUGUGUACGUGUCGUCCCGGUGGGGAGUGUGGACACAGCUGUGUUGGACAUCAAACUGACGGCCAAAAGCAAAAUGAUGCUGCAGCACUACACAUAUGUGGGAGAUGUCCACGGCUAUGUGCUGUGGUGCAGAAAGGGUUAUUUUGCUGGCCCCAUGCCUCAAGCAAAGCCCCGCAGCGUCAGCCUGGAUAUCCGCAAGCUCGUACUAGAUCAGCCGUCUGCUCCUCUGCCCCUCAGACCAAGCAACCCUCCUCCUCCUUUACCACAUGGCAAACUGAGUCAGAGGCGUAGCACCCUCAGCAAAGAGAACCAGGAUAAACCUGCUGACAGCAGCAUCCAGGGAAUCACAGCUCUGGAUGGAGUUCCCUUCAGCCUUCACCCAAAGUUUGACAUGCAGGCAAACAACAAGGCUCUGCAGCUGAACUCUCAGUUAAACAACAUUUGCAUUAAGUCUCUACAAGACAUUGAAAACGAGUACAGCUACACGUUCGCUGUGGAGGAAUCUGCUGCCAAGAGGACCAGACCCUCUGUGCCAGAAAGAGACACACCUUCAGAUGAAUGAGCCUUGAACUUUGAUCCAUCAUCAGAUCUCUGCUAUUUGUGCAGUCCAGAGGUGAUCGGCUCGACCUUCACUUCAUGUUACUGAAAAAUGAGGAUGUAGCAGCAUGUAGCUCCUUCCGUAUCCUUUAGGUCAAACGAAAAAUGUGUUCUUUAAAAGUCAGACAAUCCUGCUUCAGCACAGUGUUCAGUGGCUUGGUCGCCACUGAGGCCACAUUUUCGCUUCUACUUUUAUAUGUAUCAUCUUCAGACAUUCCUUUGUGCUUAAUUUAAUGAAAACAUUUUAAUAAUGACAUCUGAACAAGAAGAAUCCUGCCUUUACAGAGUUUAAGAUGCAACACAUAUCUGUAUUAUACUGUGCUUUCUGUUAGAGACUACUAAUCUGCAACAUCAAGCCUCCUUUCUUUGCUUUACCUUCUUAAUUUGUAAAUGAAGACUAGCUUUAUGCCAAAAUGUUCUCGUAUAUCAUGAAGAUGCACUUACCUCUGAAGAUGCUUUUAAUGUUUCAUCCUGUUCUAAUGAGUCUGUGCUGCACAUGUUAAACUGACCUCACUUGGUACACUAACAUACAGAGAUGUCUGAUGCAGGAUGCUCCUCUUUUGAAGAGAGUCUUAGCGUCAGAUUAAACUACAACCAAAAAUGAUUUACCCUUUUUUUUAGGUGAGUGGAAAAUGUUUUUGCAUUUGUAUUUGAAGAAAUAUGUUGGAAAAUGGGAGACUUUUUUUUUUACUGUCAGGCAUAAUAAGGGUCAAAUAUUUAUCUUUUCCAUUGUACAUUUAUCUUGUUUUUAUGCUUUGUAUAGCAGAUUUUAUUUGCAUGAAAAAAUAAAAACUAAUGGAACAAUA